AAAGGCAACAGUUCAAACUUGUAGGUAGUUUAUUUGGAUGUGGGCAGUGUACAGACAGUGACUCAACUCUCCCAUAAUGAGUAGCUCCAAUUUUCGUUGCCCCAUUUUCAAUGGCAUUGCCACUAUGCCAAUUAUAUUUUAUACGCGUUGACAGUCAACUAUUCAACUUUUUCAUAUCUAUAUUCUCUCUCUCCCCCACCAAUUAUAAUUUAUAUCACAAGAAAGCUAGCUCCCCAGGAAUUUAGUAGGUAUCCAUCCAUAUUAAUUAAUUCCCUAGUUAGCCAUCCAUAUAUGGCUGCUACUGCUACUGCUACUGCGUUGUUGAUGAUGUGCAACCUUUUAUUGUUAUCUGAAUCGUUUGAAUUCGUGUACAAUGGAUUCAACGACUCAAAUAUGGUAGAAGCAGGAGCCACAGUUAUCAAACCCAGCGGAGCACUCAGGCUCACCAACAAUUCAGAAAACGUCAUCGGCCAUGCAUUUCAUCCUACACCAAUUCCCAUAUUAUCAAUUAAUUCAACCUCUUUCAGCACAUAUUUUGUAUUCCAAAUAGUACCCUCCACCUCUAACCGGGGUGGUUAUGGCCUAGCCUUCACUCUAUCCCCCUCCACAAGUUUCCCAGGUGCAUCCCCCGGCCAUUACUUGGGUGUAUUCAAUGAAUCCAACAGAUACACUCCUUCCAAACACAUUUUCAUGGUCGAAUUCGACACUGUUAAUGGUUACAACGACACCUCAGACACAGACGGGAAUCAUGUUGGGAUCAACAUCAAUGGAAUGAACUCCACUUUUCAUCAACCAGCAUCUUAUUCUGUUGAUGGUACCCGAGCCAAGAACGAGGAUUUUCCUUUGGAGAAUUAUGGUCCGGUCCAGGCAUGGAUUGACUACGAUGCUUUCACUAAACUUGUCAAUGUAACUGUUUCUCCUCUACGCGUUGUUCCUAAGCCACUUCGACCUUUGAUCACCGGGGAAAUCGAUUUGUCCGAUGUACUCCUGGAUACCAUGUACGCUGGUUUCUCUGCCGCCACAGGACAGGUAUCAAGCUAUCAUUACAUCUUGGGAUGGAGUUUUCGUCUUAACGGGACAGCCGAUCCACUCGAUCUAUCCCAGCUUCCUGUUAUACCUGACAAGAUAUUGCCUUCUAGCUCCAUUGACGUUGACUUGAAAAAGGCACUUAUUGCCACGUUUUCUGUUAUCCUCUUCGUCCUGUUAGUCUCACUCUUAUUCACAGUGUUUUACCGGAAAGUGAUGAAGCUUGAGGUGAUGGAGGAUUGGGAGUUGGACUGUCCUCACAGAUUCCGUUACAGGGAUCUUCACAAGGCCACUAAGGGAUUUAAUGAAACUGAGAAAAUUGGAUCUGGCGGAUUCGGAGCGGUUUACAAGGGUGUUUUACCUUCCACUGGGGCUGAGGUUGCAGUUAAAAAGAUCAUGUCCAACAAUCCACUCCAAGGGAUGAGGGAAUUCGCUGCAGAAAUCGAGAGCCUUGGUAGAUUAAGGCACAAGAACUUGGUCAAUCUUCAAGGAUGGUGCAAGCACAACAACGACCUCAUCCUCGUCUAUGAAUAUGUCUCCAACGGAAGUCUCGAUUCUCUACUCUACACCCAUUCCAACCCCAAUUUACUGCUCACUUGGGAUCAGAGAUUCAACAUUGUCAAAGGUGUUGCAUCUGGGCUCUUGUACUUGCACGAGGAGUGGGAGCAAGUUGUCAUUCACCGUGAUGUCAAGUCGAGCAAUGUUUUGAUCGACCACGAAAUGAACCCCAAAUUAGGAGAUUUCGGGCUUGCAAGAUUAUACGACCAUGGGAAAGCCUCACACACCACAAACGUUGUGGGCACAAUAGGCUACAUUGCACCCGAGUUGUCUCGAAUAGGUAAGGCUUCCAAGGGCACUGAUGUCUUUGCUUAUGGGAUUCUCCUGCUUGAGUUGGCCUGCGGGCGGGCCCCAGUCGUUUAUGAGGCUGCCCGCAAUGUAAUCUUGGUGGAUUGGGUGGCAGAGUGUAUGCAAAUGGGGAAUAUUUUUGAUGCAGUUGAUCCUAAAUUGAACUCAUCUAUGUAUGCGAGUGAAGAGAUGGAGUUGGUGCUGGGAUUAGGGCUUCUUUGUUCACACCCAAAGCCAGAGGCAAGGCCUACAAUGAGACAAGUGAUUAAAUAUCUCAACGGAGACGAAGUUAUGCCCUUGUUUGAUCAGUUGAGCUCAGCUGGAUCGAGAAGACUUGAUCAAGUUACUUCAAGAUUCUUGGCAUUAGCAUUAAGUGCUGAUAGUGAUAGCAUUACUACUACUACAGGAGCUGCAACAUUUGCAUCAUCUUCUGUAGGGACAAUAUCUUCUGCUUCUUUUGAAUCCGGUAGGUAGAUACAUGAUUACCAUUAAAUUAAAUUGUCGAACGUUAAUUGCUUCUAAAUACUUUAAUGACGGCAAGCAUAUAUAUAGGAAGGACAUUCUAUCUUUAUUACUAAUCUUUAUAU